UUAUCCAGAAUAGAACAAGUAAGUAGAAAUGGAGUAUGGUAUAGACUCCUUUACGAAUUAGAAAUAUAUUAUAUAUUAUACUAUAUAUAAGAUAAAAGAUAUUUAGACCUAUUAAUCUACCCAUUUUUAUUAUUUCUACUUAGGUUUAAAAAUUCUCCCCGAAAAAUCAUCCCUUCCAUCGUUGCCGACCUCUCUCAAUUUUCUCCUUUUUUUUUUCAUUCCUCUUUUGUUUUUUUUUUCUUGGUUUCAAUUUUUCCUUUUGAGAAACUUUCCUUUUUUUUUUUCUUCAAAAAUUUCCCUUUCUUUCCCAUAAUUUCCUUGUGGUUUUUGCGUCUUUUUUGAUUUACUCGAUCGAAGAAAUUUUCUUUUUGGGCAACGAUUGGUUUCUGCUUUGAGUCGGAAAUUCUAGGGUUUUCAUUUUUGGCGGUAAACGGUUAUCUAUUGAUUAGAGAUGGUGAGUUCAGAGGGAUUAUGUGGUUCGCAGCCGCCGAUAGCUGCGCCAGUGACGCAGUAUGGUGUGACAAAGCCUAUUUCCAUGGCGGGCCCCACCGCAGCCGACAUACAAAGAAGUCGUGAUUUGGAAAAGUUUUUGGUGCAAGCUGGGCUAUAUGAGAGUAAAGAGGAAGCAUCAAAGAGAGAAGAAGUUCUUGGUCAAAUUCAAGAGAUUGUGACAAAUUGGGUUAAGCAACUUACUCGUUUGAGGGGUUAUACUGAUCAGAUGGUUGAGGAUGCAAAGGCACUCAUUUUUACUUUUGGUUCUUAUCGACUUGGGGUUCAUGGACCUGGAUCUGACAUAGACGCCCUAUGUGUGGGACCAUCUUAUGUGAGCCGAGAGGAAGAUUUCUUCUUUGUACUGCACAACAUCCUGGCAGAAAGGGAAGAAGUUACAGAGUUACAACCAGUUCCGGAUGCUCAUGUCCCUGUAAUGAGAUUCAAGUUUAAUGGAAUACCAAUUGAUCUUCUUUAUGCAAGCAUCUCUCAUUUGGUUGUCCCUCAUGAUCUGGACAUCUCAGACAUUUCAGUACUGUACAAUGUAGAUGAGCCUACUGUUCGAAGUCUUAAUGGCUGCAGGGUUGCAGAUCAAAUUCUGAAACUGGUGCCGAAUGUUGAGCAUUUUCGCACAACACUCCGAUGUCUGAAGUUUUGGGCUAAAAGGCGUGGUGUUUAUUCCAAUGUGACUGGAUUUCUCGGGGGUGUUAAUUGGGCACUUCUUGUAGCUCGAAUUUGCCAACUUUAUCCUAAUGCAGCUCCAAGUAUGCUUGUUUCACGAUUUUUUAGGGUCUUUACCCAGUGGCGUUGGCCAAACCCAGUUAUGCUUUGUGCAAUUGAUGAAGAUAGACUCGGAUUUUCUGUUUGGGAUCCUCGUAAAAACCCUCGUGAUAGGACUCAUCAUAUGCCAAUUAUCACACCUGCCUAUCCAUGCAUGAAUUCUAGCUAUAAUGUGUCUACAAGUACGCUUCGAGUCAUGAUGGAGCAGUUCCAAUAUGGUAACAACGUGUGUGAGAAAAUUGAGCUGAAUAAAGCAAAGUGGAGUGCUCUGUUCGAGCCUUACUUGUUCUUCCAAAGCUACACCAACUAUCUGCAGGUGGACAUUCUUGCAGCUGAUGCUGAUGACUUGCGUUCUUGGAAAGGCUGGGUGGAAUCCCGUCUGAGGCAGCUGACUUUGAUGAUUGAGCGAGACACUUAUGGAAAGUUGCAGUGCCAUCCUUAUCCUCAGGAUUAUGUAGAUGCCUCCAAGCCAUGUGCCCAUUGUGCAUUUUUUAUGGGUUUACAAAGAAAACAUGGAGAAAUUGUUCAAGAAGGUCAACAGUUUGAUAUUCGCGGGUCAGUUGAUGAGUUCCGCCAUUCAAUAAAUAUGUACAUGUUUUGGAAGCCUGGGAUGGAAAUCUAUGUAUCACAUGUCCGUAGAAAGCAGCUUCCGGCUUAUGUUUACCCAGAUGGCUGUGAACGUUCUCGGAAUUUACACCUUACUCCCGAGCAGCCGUCUUACAAUAUGUCUCGCAACAAUGGUGUUGCAUAUCAAGCUGAAUCUGGUGAGAAAUGCCUUAAAAGGAAGAAGGAUCCCGAUGGAGAAGAUAGUGAGCAAAGUAGGCUGGAUAAACGGAGGAGUCCUGACAGGAAUCAAUCAGUUUCUCCCGAGAUUAUAAGUUGCAAGCUUGGCAGCACUUGCACAGGUUGUUCUACAUCAGAUCUAGAUGAAAUGAAUAGAUUUGCUGAAGUCAAUACAUCAUCGAAUUCCAGUGGUAUCAGCUCCUGCUCACAUGAGGAUAUUGGGAAUGAAUCUACAGCAGGUAGUAGUGAAGGGAGCAAUGUAGGUGAUGAUAACCCAUCGUCUUCUCAGAGUGAUUCAAGUGACGAUCUAAAAUCUUCUGUGGAGGAUGACCAUGCUGAUCAGAACAAAGUGUUCCAAGAUGGAUUGCUGAAAGAUUUAGAGCCAAAAACUGUGGUUGGCGUGGUUCUUAAGUCCAUGAACGGAGUUGUCGAUUCAGAAUCUGUGCAGAAUCCUGUGAUACGGUUGAGUUUGGCAUCAACAGCGUGACGCAAGGAUCUCAAGUUUAGAUCGGUGUAUCAUCUAUGCAACCAUUGUUGAUCCGACAAGAAAAAAAACCCGACAGAGAAAGCCAGCAGUUUGGUAAGUAGUAUUUUAGGUACCGGCGUUUGUUUCUUACCUUUAGGCUCAUGUCCCUUGGCAGAACCUGAAGAUCUUUUGGGAUGUGGGGACCUUUUUUUUUCUUUCUCUGCACAGCUUCUUUCACUAGACAUUUGUUUUCAAAAAAAAAAAAAGGGGAAAAAAGGGAAAAAAAUCAAAGAUCAUUAAAAAAAAAAAAAAAGGGUUUUGAUCUAGAUUUUUACUUAGUUUUAUGGAAGAAAAGGUUGCAGGGUUUUAGAGGAAAGGUUGAGAUGUGUAAAUUGUAUAAAAAAAGGUAUAGGUGAGGUUGAAGGGUGAAGGUCUAAGUUUUUAGUUUGGGUAGAGGGGUAAUUGUUCUUGCUGCCAUGUAUUGUAAUAAACCUUAUUUUUUUUAAUAUAACAUUAUAACAUUGUUGGAUCGGA